UUUGAUGAGGAGACACAGUCCUGCUGCAGAAAGCAUUAUUGGCCGUGUGGGGUUUGUGCUCUGUGCUGGCUGCUGCAUACUGGAUAGUUUCUCGAGAGAAGCACAGCAGGGGAGAGCAGAAACGCUCUCAGCAGAGUUCUGGGGAAGCUGUUCCAGUCUGUGUCCACGUAAUAGAUACUGUCAGAGAGUAACACACCAGCAAAGCUGUAGGAAAUCUGUGGAUCUGGUACGGCGACCUUUCACAGCGCACCUGCCGCGCUGCCCGUGGGCGGGUACGUGACUCCGCCGCGGGUGCCAGACCUUGCGGCAGCCGAGAUCUUCCUUCGGGCCGCCCCAACCCCGUUACGGGCCACCCGCGGCGACAGCCGCUCGUCGCGGGGGGAAGGCGCGGUCUGGCUGAGGGGACUAAUGCUCCCGCUGCUCCCGGCGGGGCCCCGCCGCCCCGGGGCUGGCCGCGGGCGCUGCCGCCACACCUCCGCCGCGGGGGCUCCUCCUCCUCUGGCCCUCGGCGGCUCCGGAGCGGCGGAGCGCUCGCAGCCACUGCUUUAAGACGAAGACACCAUGGAUAAAUAUGAAAUCAUUAAAAAAAUUGGAGAAGGAUCUUUUGGCAAAAUAUUCCUGGCAAAGGGAAAACUGGAUAAUGAGCAGUGUGUUAUCAAAGAGAUCGAUUUAACUAAGAUGCCUGUGAAAGAAAAAGAAGCCUCUCAGAAAGAAGUUAUUCUUCUGGCCAAGAUGAAGCAUGCAAAUAUUGUAACCUUCUAUGCUUCUUUGCAAGAAAAGAACAAGCUAUAUAUUGUGAUGGAAUACUGUGAUGGUGGAGACUUAAUGAAGCGGAUAAAUAUGCAGCAUGGAGUGCUCUUUGAUGAGGACCAGAUUCUGAGUUGGUUUGUGCAGAUCUCCUUGGGCUUGAAGCAUAUUCAUGACCAGAAGAUUUUACACAGAGAUGUAAAAGCAGAGAACAUUUUUCUUAGCAAUAAUGGAAAGGUAGCAAAACUUGGGGACUUUGGCAUAGCAAGACAGUUGAACAGCACUAUGGAGUUUGCCCAUACCUGUGUAGGGACCCCCUAUUAUCUGUCACCUGAGAUCUGUGAAAAUCAGCCAUAUAACAAUAAAACAGAUAUUUGGUCUCUCGGCUGUGUUCUUUAUGAGCUAUGUGCGCUAAAGCAUCCUUUUGAAGGCCAUAGUUUGCACCAGCUGGUGUUGAAGAUUUGCAGAGGAUGUUUUCACCCAGUGUCUCCCAGCUAUUCAUAUGAUCUGAGGAUAUUAAUUUCCCAGUUGUUUAAAAUAUCUCCAAGAGAUCGACCAUCUAUCAAUUCUAUUCUAAGGAAGCCCUUCUUGCAGAAGCUUGUUCUCAGGUAUUUGCCCCCUGAGGAAGAACUUGGUCACACUAUGAUAUAUAGAAAAAGACCUUCAGCAUCACAGUUUGGGGCCAAGCUGAUACAAGCAUAUAAACUUCAGAAAAGGAGAGUACAGGACCUAGUUUCUCCAGAAUCUGGAAUGGUGCUGCCUGUCAAGAAAAAAGAAUUAUUUCAAAGAAAUGAAUGGAAACCUACUUCAAGAGGGCAACAGCCUAUUUUUCAGCCACAGACCUCCAGAUUUAAGAUGGCAGAAAGGCCAGAAAGCAUUAGAGUGCAUGGCCAUUAUGACCAUUACUAUGAUAAGCUUGACAACUUGCAGAGGAAAGCUAAUGCACUUUAUGACCUUUCUCAUAUCAGCCAAAGAGUUGGGGAAUACUAUAAACUGAAAGGACAAGUUGCACCUCCACCUCCACCACCCAACUGGCCUGCAGAAUAUCUUCAAAGGCGUUUUGAAGCCCAGCAGUACAAGAUUAAAGUGGAAAAACAGCUGGGGCUGCGACCAUCCUCUGCUGACUCAUGUCAUGACCAAAUAAAGCAGCAGAAAAUAAAGGAAGAGCAUCUCAAAAACCAUCAGCAGGAUAUGUCUAGAAAGAAUGAAAUGAAAGAACAGGAGUAUCUGAAACAAUUGCAGAAGAUUCGGGAAGAAUACCACAGUGAUAUAAAAGAAUUCAGAUUUAGAGCAGGAAUACUCCAGGAGAAUCAAAAAAUACAAGAUAAAACCUAUGUUGUGAGGCAAGGAAAAGCUGAGGACCAGUCUGAAAUCAAGGAUACAGCUAGAACAGGAGAAGAAUCACUUCAGGACAUGGAAAAAAACUUUAAACAAGUCAGACUCCAGUAUAGUCAAGACCAGAAAAUCUUAGAAAAGAAACAUAAACCAAAGGGAGGAGUAAAGUUUGAAAUUAAUUUAGAUGUAUGUGUUCCUGAGGAAGACAGUAUUCAAGAAGCAGAGGUACUAGAUAAACUCAGUAAGACUUUAACUUUUGUGGAUUGUGAGAAUCUUAAGAAGAAAGCGGUGGAAGUUUAUGAAGCUCAUAUGGACAGAGCUUUGGAAGAAGUAUCUGGAUACCAAACAGAGUCCAAUGACAUAGAUGAUAAGAAAGAAAACAGAAAAUAUUGGCAAGCUGGAGCACCUCAGACAUUACUGAAUUUUUUAGCUGAUGUUGAUGUCACAUCUGUAUGUCCUCCUAUGGCUGAAAACGAACUUGCUGACCACGCUUAUCUGCCUGAAGACAUCCCAGAAAACAGGAAGCAGUGGAAACAAACACUGCCAGGGACACUCCUGAACAUCUUAGCAAAAGCAGAACUGUCUAAUGAUUCCUUCACCUCCCUUGAAGAAGAAAUAGAAGAAAGAUUAACUAUGUUGCCUCCAAAAGAAAACAAGGAAGAUGAUUCAGAAGCAUACUUUGCUGUUGCUGUUGAUGAAGGCAGACUUGAACCAAGAUCAGAUGAUGAAGACACAAAUUUUGAAGAUUCUGAAGAUGAACUCAGACAUGAGCUGAAGGAAUGUCUGGAAAAAGUGGCAGCUUCUCCAGCAGAGAGAAGCAUGGAGUCUCCCAUCCUUUCAACAAAUAAAGGUCAAACAGAUGAAGAAAGGAUGAGUUUACCUCACAAACUACUUGGAAAAUCUAAUGAUGAUUUAGAAAAUAACCAUGGGGCAUUUAGUGCUGACACAUACAAUGAAAAAAGUAAGCAGGAAGCAAGAGCUACAUAGAACACCAGCAAAGUAACUGUUUCAAAAACUUUAACUUGCUUGAAAUUUCAGCCACAUCAGUAACAACAUUUAAGGAUAGAUGACAUUAAAUGCCAAGUAAUUCAACUGCUUUUCCACUGUGCUAAAUGCUCAAUUAAAAUUAAUAGAAGGUUGUUACUAUUUUGUUUAAAAGGAAGAAAAUCAGGCUAAUUGUCAUAUGUCUAAAUGUUGAAAAAUCCUCAUCCAGACUGUAGUGCACUUUCAUCUAUUAUUCUAAACUACCUGGGACAUCUCUGACAAGACUUCCUUGAGCAAAUUCCUAAUUACAUACUCUCUUUAACUGUAUUUGUAUCAUGUAAGAAAG